AUGUUAUUAUUUCACAAGGUACCAAACAAGUUACUUCCGACUUCUCAAAGAUUGGUUAGAUGUCUUUCUACAGCCGAUACUAGCGCAAUAUCCUCAGCCUCCCCUAAAAGCCAAUUAGAUGAAUUCUAUACCUAUUAUACUACAAGAAAGGAACUAAGGCCUUAUAUUUAUCGUCCCAAAAACUCAUCUCUUUUAAUAUCUAAGAAUCUCAAAGAUCCUAAAACUGGUGAACAGCUAAAACCAAAGGAUCCAAUCAAGCCUUUAUCCAGCCAGGCACUGAUCUCGUAUAUCAAUUCUAUUCCUAAUGGUUCAAACGACUUGCUUAAUUGGUUCCUAGAAUGGACUAAACCAAAUCAUAGAAAAAGACCUCUUUGGAAUUAUAUUACUCCAAGACAUAUCCAAGAAUUGUUGAUUAAUUCAUUUUUUAAGAUAGGCAAUUAUUCUUAUAUUUUAAGUACAUUGUAUUCUACAAGCAAUAAAUUCAUUCAUGCAGGUAAUCCUAAGAUUUUUGACAUCAAUCAUUUCUUCGACUCAUAUUUAAUAUGUAACAUUCACAGAAAUCAAUUAUUCAACUAUAAAAAUGGAUCAAACAUACAAGAGAAAAAGCUCAGGACAUGCUGGAAUCAUAUUGUAUAUAAAAAGAACUUAAAGCAAUCUGGAUUAACAAAUUUAUUAUUGAAGGUACUAGGGGCUCAGCAAGGGUUUGAUCCAUUUACGAUUGUCAAAGAAUUAAAGAAUAUUAAUACAAUUGAAUUACCAAUAGAUACGCCAAUUGUGACCGAAAAAAACACAUUAGAAUUAGAAAAUUUUUUUGAAGCUUAUAAAUUUAAUUAUUUAGCAUGUAAGACUAUCGAAGAAUUUGAUCCGAAAUUAAUCUCUGAAUCCUCUGGAGAUAUUAAAACCUUCAUCACAUACUUUUCUAAAAUCACUGAGAAGUUGGGGAAAGAAGAUUAUUAUACUGAAUUAAAGAAUUCAAUAACUAGAUCUCUAGAGGUAAAGAAAAUCUCAGAUGAAAAGAAAUCUACUGAAGCGAUUGAAGUAAAACCAGAAACAACUGAAGAAAAACAAGAUAAAUAA